AUGGUCGGCGACGUGUACGGUGGAGCGGGGGAGGGCGGGGGAGGCGGGAGGAAGGCGGGGCCGCAGGCUACCCGACCCCUGCCUGGCGACCCCCUUGCCGGCGAGGACCGGGAUACCAGGGUCAAACGCGUCAAGCAGGUGAUGCGGGCCGAGGCUGAUGCGGCGCACCGGCAGGCCAUCCAGAGGUACAUCCAUCGGGCGCUCUCAGCCACCGACGGCGGCCCCACCGGCGACACCAACCCCCUCGUUCGCCGCAACGAAAGGCUGUCCUCCAGCAACCCCCUCCUAUGA